AUGCGGCGGGCUGUCCGUCAGGCCAGAGCGGCAGUGAGGUCGAGCGAGUUGGAGAGCACCAAAGUCGGCCAACAGAUCUCACAUACCCCGCCGCCUUUCGACGGAGAAUGGGGCUGUCGAAGCCUUCGACGGAGAAGGGAGGAACUCAGGAAUUUCGAUUCUCCUUCACCAACGCUUUCGACGGAGUACGAAGCCGACUAA